AUGACUUCACCUUUAACUGAAAAUGAUGAGUUAGCUCAAAGGCAUAACAAUUUAUUUUCUAAUACAACUUCAGAAUCAUUAAAUUCUAUAACAGAAGACAAUGAAAAUGGAAGAGAAAGAACAAUAACUGCAAAUUCAAUAAGUCCUGAACAGGCAUUUAUUCAUAUGAUAAAAGCAAUGCUUGGUACAGGAUUAUUAUCACUUCCAUUAGCAUUCAAACAUUCAGGUCUAUAUUUGGGAUUAAUAUUAUUAAUAAUAAUUUGUUUUGUAUGUCUUUAUUGUAUGAGAUUAGUUGUUUAUGCAGCACAUUAUAUUUGUGCUAGAGAUGGUAAAGAAACCAUUGAUUUUGCUAAUGUUAUGAGAAGUGCUGUAGAAUCAGGACCAGAAUGGAUAAGACAUAAAGGAUAUUUUGCUAAACAACUUGUUAAUAUAUCAAUGUUUAUAGCACAACUUGGAUUUUGUUGUGUUUAUUUUGUAUUUAUGGCUGAUAAUUUGAAAGAUUUUUUUGAUUUAAAUACCUCAAUAAAUUUAUCAAAAGGAAUUUGGAUGCUUUUUUGUGCUAUUCCUAUAUUAGGAAUUUGCUCAAUAAGAAAUUUAAAAUUACUUGCACCAUUAGCAUUAGCUGCUAAUUUUUUGUAUAUAGGUGCAGUAGGAAUAGUUAUAUAUUACUUUUUUUGGAAUCUUAAACCAACUUCUACAGUUGAUAAAUGGGGUAGUAUUAAUAAUUUGCCACUUUUUUUUGGAACAGUAAUGUUUGCAUUUGAAGGAGUAUGUGUUAUUUUACCUAUUGAAAAUCGAAUGGCAAAACCAAAACAAUUUAUAGCAUGGAAUGGAGUACUUAAUACAUCAUCAUUUGUUGUUCUUGCUAUAUUUGCUAUUACAGGUUUUUAUGGUUAUUUAGCUGUUGGAGAUGAUGUUAAAGAUACUGUUACAUUAAAUCUUCCUAAUACUGUAUUUUAUCAAUUAAUUAAAAUUAUAUUUGUUUGUUGUAUUAUGGUUUCAUAUCCAUUACAAUUUUAUGUACCAAUGGAACGUGUAGAAAAAUGGAUUACCAGAAAAAUUUCUCAAGAUAAACAAGUAUUGUAUAUAUAUAUUGUACGUUAUUCUGGUGUAUUGACAACAUUAUUAGUUGCUGAAUUAAUACCACAUUUAGCUUUAUUUAUUUCUCUUAUUGGUGCAUUUGCUGGAUCAUUUUUAGCUUUAUUUUUUCCACCAAUUAUUGAUCUUUUAAUAUCAUAUUCAAGAUGUUCUUUAGAUGAAACAAUAUGGUUAAAAAAUAUAUUACUUCUUUGUUUUGCAAUAUUAGGAUUCACAACUGGAACAUACUCUGCAAUAUCUGAUAUUAUAAAAGCAUUUAAUAAUUAA